UCACCCGGGCCGUCAGCCCAGAGCCGGGGAAACGGGAGCUCCUUCCUCUAGGGAACAGAAGAAUGAGAAAAGACCAUCACACAACCCAGGCUUGCUGCCCAACUCCCGGGAGCUCCAGGGCCCGAUGGAGGGGAGUCAGGGAGAUGCCGGUGCAGCUGGCAGCAGCAGGCCGCGGGCAGAAUCGGGAGCCUUUUCGGGUUUUGCUUGGGAGCUCCCAGGCUGGCUGAAGCGCCCCUGCUCUGCACCCACCCCAGCUGAGCUGUGGCUGAGAGGCCAGCAUGCCUUUGCCUGAGCGCCUGCGGGUUAAUCAGUGUGGAGCAGCGUGGAUGGCUCCGGGACUGAAAUCUCUGGCUUGCAAAGCAGGCUGUAGGUGACCUCUGACCUUGGGCAGGCCUGCCCCAUCUAGCGAGACCCCACAACGUACAGCCUUGGUGUUCCCCCAAAGAAAAACGGUGCCUUUUGUGUGUACCCACGGGCCCACCUGCUUGGCUCUCCCCCAGAAAGAUCAAUUAUCUCAUUGGCUGGCACCCUUUCCUCUUCUCGAGAUGUGAGGAGGAAGGUAGAUUCCAAUAAGCCUCCAGGUUGUGCUGCUGACUCCUGAUUAAGUGGCCACGGGAGUGUGGAGUGUGUGGAGACAAAUCAGGAGCAGUCAUUUGAGGAGAACCUAGCCAAGCAUUUUCAGAGCUUUUGUAUCUCUGGGUUGGCGGGGAUCUCAAGUCCAGGGGCCCAGGGAUUGCCCCCAUAGUCUUUCACCCUCCUUCAAGUGAGAUCACUGGUUUGCCAAAUGGACUCAGAGUUUGAAGCAAAGGAGAAGAUCUUUACCCUGGUUCCCUACACUAGCCUGGUGAUGGAGCUACUACAGAGAAGCUUAAGGUGCCAGUUGCCAGCCCAAAGUCUAGCCUGUGCAGCAUUUUUUGGCAUGCGUGUGGGUUUGUAAUGCACAAAAGACUGCCAGGAUCUGGGGGUAGAAGUGACCCAGGCCUCUUAAGGGGGGAGGGACUUGGGCAGCAUUGUGCGUGGACGCGGGCUCUCUAGGGAAACUCACACCCAUUUCCCUCUGAGGCAAGAAAGUAAAUUCUAUUAGUUCCAACCAACCAGGACUUUUCCUGUGCCAGACAUCCUGCCAUGAGGAAAUUUUAGAGCGAGGAUGCCCAGCAUGCCACCCUUCUGUAGGAAUGUGAAGUUGGGCCUCCUUUCUUUCCUGAUUUGUGCAGGAAGGAGCUUAUUACUUUUGGGGACAGAAGCCUUUUGGUUAAAAAAGUUGAAAAUAAAUAAAACCCUCUGGGAAAAGGCUCAAAGUCAGAAAAUGAGAUACAAGACUUCCUUGGUGAUGAGGAAAAGAUUGCGGCUUUACCGAAACUCCCUGAAAGAGUCUAGUAGCAGCUCCGGACACCAUGGCCCCCAGCUUGCUGCCGCCUCCAGCCCCUCGGUGUUCCCGGGCCUUCAAGAGCAGCCGCCCCAGGCCUCCCCCAGUGGCACUUUGAACGGACUCCUGCGUCUGGGGCUCCCUGGAGACAUGUACGCGCGACCUGAACCCUUUGCGCCGGGACCCGUGGCCCGCAGCGACGCCCUGGCAGCUGCCGCGGCCCUGCACGGCUACGGGGGCAUGAACCUGACCGUGAACCUCGCCGCGCCCCACGGUCCCGGCGCCUUCUUCCGCUACAUGCGCCAGCCCAUCAAACAGGAGCUCAUCUGCAAGUGGCUGGCAGCGGAUAGCCCCGCGCCCCCGCGCCUCUGCUCCAAAACUUUCAGCACCAUGCACGAGCUGGUCACGCACGUCACCGUGGAACACGUCGGCGGCCCGGAGCAGGCCAACCACAUCUGCUUCUGGGAGGAGUGUCCGCGCCAGGGCAAGCCCUUUAAAGCCAAAUACAAACUUGUAAAUCAUAUCCGCGUGCACACGGGCGAGAAGCCCUUCCCCUGUCCUUUCCCGGGGUGUGGGAAGGUCUUUGCUAGAUCAGAAAAUCUCAAAAUACACAAAAGAACUCACACAGGGGAGAAGCCCUUCAGGUGCGAGUUCGAGGGCUGCGAGCGGCGCUUCGCCAACAGCAGCGACCGCAAGAAGCACUCGCACGUGCACACGAGCGACAAGCCCUACACGUGCAAAGUGCGCGGCUGCGACAAGUGCUACACGCACCCCAGCUCGCUGCGUAAGCACAUGAAGGUGCACGGGCGCUCCCCGCCGCCGCCCAGCUCCGGCUACGACUCGGCCACGCCGUCCACCCUCGUGUCGCCCUCGUCGGACCUCGGCCGCGAGCCCGCGGCGGCCUCCUCGGCGGCGGCGGUGGCGCGCGGCGCCGACCUGAGCGAAUGAUGUCCACCGCGUUGCUCGCAAGGUAAUCUCGCCCAACGCAGCUGAGCGCCCGCAUCUAGCGCCUGCGACAUCAAAGGGUCCGCGCACAAAGCAAUGUUUCUUCGCCACGGUGCAUCUUCAUGGUAAGUUAGGAUUUCUAUGGCAAUGGGCAAGUUGCACUGAAAUCCUGAAAGGCCGAGCCUGGAGCCCGUCCAGGCUUUUCAUUAAGGACAUAAUAUUUACGUCUAACAGGCCUUUUUUCUUGUGUAUACAAGUAUAUAUUUUUGUUUGACGCGGACUAAAUCAUUUUCAUUUAAUUUCCGGUAAACAAAACCCACGCGAAUGGGCACUUGUUCCCGAUCAUAAUAAAAAUGGAUAAUAAUGUGAGGGAAGAAAAGGGCCGCUUGAAUCGCCGCUCAGCCCCCUUUGUUUCUGCUUUCUGCGGUGAUCAGAGGGCGCAUUUGGGUUUGAUGGCGAGUUUCUAAAGGCGAGGAAAUGGUUUGUAAGAGGGGAAAGAAAAGGAGAAAGGUCUAAUCAAGCUCGGGUUGUUCAAAGAGUCGGGUUUUGGGGUUGAAAGUGUGAGUUUGACGGUGCAUCAGCAUGCCGCGUUAGGCUCGCCAUGGAAAUGCGCGCGGGGAGCGGCCGCUUCAAAGGCGGCACACUUCACUGCAGACACUCUAUUAAGAUACAUUUGCGCUGACCUUUGCUUUCACGCCAUUUAAUACUGUCACUGCGUUCUCCAGUAUAUACUUCCUCUUUGGGACCAGCCUCGCCCGCGUUUAGGGGUUCACCCUGCACUCCUCUGGGGAGGAGGGGUCGCUUUGGUGCCUGGGCCGCAUUCAGGAAAGGGUGAGCCGGACUCCACACGUCCUGACUGCGCCCCAAAGAAGCUCCAGGGUCAAGAGUAAAUAACUUUAGGCAAUCUCAGAAGCUUAACAAAUGAGCAUCCCCAGCUGGAUUUUGUGCAAAGCAUCUCUGCAAUUUGAGCAGAGUGGAGGCCUGAAUUUGAAAGGGACUUGUGGAGAGGGCACCCUGGAUGAGUCUGGGGAGUUCAGAGUGUGCCUUUGGGACAUUUCCACUCUGGCCCCCAGAACAGCCCAUUCUGCUCCUCCAUCCCAGAAGUCUCUUGAAGCCCCCCACACUUGUUUCUCCCUAGCAUGGGGCAUAGGUUACCCCCUCAGGCCUACUCUGGCCCUGGGCAUGAACUCAAGAGCCCAAGGCCAAGGGGAUAGGGAAGAUGGCAGGAAAGUUAGAAGUCCAUGUUCCCUUAAUUGUCUUGUUGUUUAUUUUAUCCAAGUACCCCAGUGAAUAGGGGAAAAAUAAACACGGUGAAAAAAAAAAUCAAACAGUAGAGUCUUCUUUAGUGCCAGUCCUUGUGGUUGAAUAAAAAGGAUGGUCCGCUUUCUAUUGAGCUGAGAAAUCUUUGAAGUGGGAGUUAUUAUCUGAGACAUUCCUGCUUGUCGUCCUAACAACGCUGAUGAAACGUAAAAGGUUCUUUGUCAGCGAUUUGUUCUCCUCUCUGUCAAACUCCCUCUGCCCGGUUAGUUUCAAACCGUUUCUAAAGAGAUAAAAUCAAACUUCUUAAAAAAAAAAAUACAUGCACACUACACCAACUGAUAACUUUGGGACUGAGUCCUGCUAAGGAAAAAACAAAAGCAACACAGAGACAUCAGGUCCAAGGUCUGUGGAGGUGCGCAGAUGUUGAGGGGCCCUUUGCACUGGCUCUGGGACGUGGGGGAAAGAAUGCAGAGAAGGUGUAGGCCGAGGGUACACACCCCAAGAACACACUGUGUGUCUGCUUCUCUCUGCACUGGCCUGCACUCUCAUCAGCCCCAGUCAGGUUACUUGGAUGAACCUCCUUUGGGGACUCCUUAAACUCCCAAUAUUCUUGCCAAGGAUCCUUGGAACCUAAGGCUGCAGCCAAGCAAUUGUUAAUAUUUUCUGCUCCUUCAGAGACAAUCUGUCCUAAAAAUAGACCCAUUGUGUAUUUCUUCCCACUAGCAGCAAGCAAUCAACAAGCCCUCUCUGCCAUUAAUAGAAAGUAGAGUGGCUUGAGGGAGAGCCAUUUUUAUAAUUUCCUGUUUUCUUCAGAAUUUUGGCAGUUGAAGUUCAGAAAGUUCAGUUUACAAGAUAGUGUCCCCAAAGUGCAUGCAAAUACCCUCCUCCCAUCCACAUAUGCAGUUUUCAUUUAAUAUUGUGCCCUGGAAAGUAAAUUUCACCCUGUCCGGCCUUCCCCCAACUUCCCGACGUGGUUUUAAAGGUGGUUUAAAUAAACAAGGAUGUACCGGCCUCCCCACUCUGUGUGUGCUGAAUCAAUGAUUUGUAAAGAAGUUUCCCCAAGCUGUAACCCAUGCUGUUAUUAUAGUUGCUGCAAAAUGUUGUCUCUUAUAUUGAUUUUUAUUUGUUUACUGGAGGUCCCCAUAUGUUUGUUUAUAUUGCUAAUUUAUGGGAAAAUGUAAUGAUUGCAAUGAAUGUGAAUUAUACAGACAGGCAAAUGUUUUGUAAUCAUAAAUUCACACACAUACACACAAAGCUUGACUGAAACCUUAGACUAUUUGGUACAUCUCCACCCACACUGUUUGUGAUUUAUCAGCUCUCCUUUUAGAUCCUUAAAUUAUGAACUAACCUGAAAGGAAAAAAAAAAAAGUUGUUAUGUAUUUGAUUGAAAGUGAUUGUUCAAUGAAAAGCAUAGUUGAAAGCUGUGGCUUUAAUCUUGCUGUAAAUAUGUACAAAUGAAUUAAAAUCUGUGAUUCUCUUUCCCUCCAAAGAGCGUCGUGUACAUGGAGCUCCGUUUUGCUAUUUUCUUUGGUAAUAAAUGUUGUGAUGUUUCCCUUCCUCUUUUGAA